GGUGAUAAGGAGAGUAAAAGGAAACAGAAAUCCCCUGGAACAGCUGCAGCCGCUCAAGUGGUUGUCAUGAGAGAACUCAAGUGGGAUCAUCAAGUAUGUACUAUUAAUUUUAUAAUUUAUGCUUAUUUAGCCCCAGUCACUUAGCCCCUAUUUGUAAGUUGUUUACCAUAAACAGCCUAAUAAACGUCUACUUCCAAAUAAACGCCCCCUCAACAUUGUUAAAAUUUUAUUCGAUGCCCCUCUUUAAUAAAGGCCCCUGUCUAAUAAAUAGAUGGUUCCCCAUGAGAAUUACUCUACAAUACUAGGAAUUAGCAAAAAGGUGCAAAAUCAUUCAAUUCAUUUAGUUUCUUGCUUGAUUAGCAAAGGUAAAUGCAUAUUUCAUCUUGCUCAAUGUUAAGUUAAAAAUGAGGAUAGACUAACCAUGGCAACGCAAAAACAAUGAACUUGGAUUCUAACAUCGAUGUUGGGAUUUGAAAAAGAACGAUAUGGAUCUCUAGACAGCCUAGACAUAUCAAAAUUGAUGGAGUGGAUAUUCCACCAUUUUUAAACUCUCUUGAUAUUUUUGUCGAAACAGGGCUCAAAAUUGCGACUGAUAGGGUUGCCAAUGGGACUAACAUGUUCUUCUUGGCGACUGAAAAUUUUAGUUUAGUCGCCAAAGUGGCGACCAGAUUUCUCUAUGACUUAGAUUUAACCCAUUCGCUCCUGGAGAUCUUGCCGAAAAACGCGUUUUGAAGCUAGUCGAGUGGUUUUCUGGUCACUGUCGUGCUAUAAAGAGCUAAAACUUACCACAAACCGGUUUACAGGUCGUACACUUCGCGGCCUUGUGAUCCAGAUGCAAAAUAUCAGCUUACGAAGUUCGGGCUUGCGCAGAAAGCAAAAUUUCGAGAUUUAAAAGUGACACAGCAGUCUUGACUUUUACUUUUCGCUUUCUCUCCUCCCUUCUUUUUUCGCUUUUCUUGCCUCAUUUUUUUUUUCUCUUGCUGGGCAUUUAGUAGGCUUCAUUUUGGUGGGAAGAGUUUUUAGGAAAGCUUUUAGGAUCUUAGGAUGAGAUGAAAGGAAAGGUAGGUGGGCAAUGGAACAAGAUUUUCAUGGAGAUUUUCAGGUCAAUGUCACUUGGUUUUUUGCUUCUUUCUCCGGUGUCCUUGACUGAAUUGUGCUCAUUCUGGUAUGGUUUGAAAGAUCUCUUCACUCUGCACAAGUCAGCGAAGAAAGUUGUCCUUGACCAUUAAAACUGAUGACGUCACAAAGGGUAGAAAGGACCUGGAUCCGCACGGGCGGUUACGGGCGGUUCAGGGGCGAAUGGGUUAAAUUAAAUUAGUAAAGUCAAAACAAACAUUUCAUCUUAUCCUGGUUUGCUUUCAUUGUAAAAAAAUGUGCCAAAUCGCAUAAACAAAGCCAGUUUACCUCCAAAUUUAUACUGACUUCUAUCCACGAUAUUUUCAAAUCUGAUGGAUUGCACCAUACUAUGCAGGGCUUCUGAUAGGUCGUGGAAAAAGUCAAAUUUUACGGGAUUUUUAGGGGAAAAUUCGCGGAAAAAUUGACUGAUUUUACGGGAAUUUGUGGAACAAACUUAGCCGAAAAUCAAUCGGUAAAAAAAGGCCGAUUUUGUGGUUAUUUUCAGGGAAAACUUUGUUAGAGAUUGAUCAGUUUUGCGCUGACCAUAGACCAGUGUUUUUAAUGUUUUUCUAACAGAGAUCAUUAAAUUUUGCUCAUUCAACAACUAUAUGCUCCAGAACUGAAACAAUGGCAAAGCCUUUAACAUCAUGGCUAGUGCCCAGUUUUUUGCAACAUAAUCUACCCCUAGUAGUUUCAGGACGUUGUUUGCACAUUUUAGUGACAAAGUUUCAAGAUAAAUUUACAAGUGUACGGCAAGCAAAUAGCCCCAAUAGCUGAGAAAUGUUUCAAAUAUUACAUAUGUUGUACAAACAAUGAUAAGAUUUCUACCAAAUUUUGCAGUGUUUUGCGUGGUUUUGUGAAUUUCGCGGCUCUGCGACCGCGCAAAAUAUCAGAAGCCCUGACUAUGAGCUGCGUCAUUUAUGUGAUACAAACUGGCCACUAAAAAUUUGCAUCUGGUGACUAUAUUUCUCCAGUUGGUCGCCAAAAGGCAACCUUGCAAAAUUUCAAGCCCUGCAAAAGCAUGUUAGUUUUGUUGAGCUUGUUACAGUUAUGAGAAUAAACACCUCUCUCUUUUAAAUGCCUCCUAACUAUUAAACACCCCCACUUGGACCCCUAGAAUUAACUAGAUGCCUUGGACAUAUAUUAGUUCCUUUAUGGAAGCCCCCAAAAUUAAGUCAUUUUUAAUUUUCAACACCCUUUAUAGCGGACUCUGUAGGGACCUUAAGUUAGUGUCCUCUGUGGCGAGAGUCCGUAAUAGCGGAGUUUAUUUCAAUCAAAUAUCUGUAAUUUAUUUUUGCCCGAAUUUAUCUGCUGUCCGUAUUAUCGGGGUGUCCAUAACGGGGUGUUAAGGCGAGAGUUGACUACCUGUACACGUAGAUGAGAUAACUUAGGCUCUUACGUUUCUGUUAUCAUAUCAGUUUGUUACAAAAACAAGACAUUUAGGUUUCAAAAUAGCUUAGCUUAUCCUCCUGUCUUCCUCACAGAUUUUGCCGAUUGGGCAAAAAGUGCAAGAUCCACUUCUCCACCUUUGUGAAAAGUGCUCUCUCCCUAUCCUUGUUUAUGGCCGACUGGUAUGUAUAACAAGUAUUUACUUAUGUACUCCUUUACCAGUAUGCAAAGAAAGUCGUGUCCGAUAGCCCGGGACCAGCAGAUUUCGGUUAUCAGGCUAGUGAAUUCUGUUCUCAAUUUACUCUAUUGGCAAAUGAAUUUCUUUUAGAAAAUUCGCAUUACAGAAGAACUGUCAUCAAUCCUGCUCAUUAAUGACUCUUGGGCUGGUGCAUGCUAGUUGCAGCUUGCACGAAUGGCAAGCUGUAAAACUGACUUUCUUUGCACCCUGUUUACCCUUCGAGCUAGUUAAUGGCAUAAUGUCAUGAUGUAUGAAUGCACUGAAGCUCUUGUUUUUGAGUCUGGAUGAAAGUCUUGGUGUUACCAUUAAAUGGUAAAAUAAUUCUCUUUGGUAGUUCCAGCCUCUGCAAGAUUAUUAUUAAUUUUGUGGAAUACUUUUUCUGGAGGUUUUAGUUUUUCAUCGUUAUAACUCCAGUGUUAUGCCAUUGGUGUACAUUGUAUCUCCCAUGGUAUGUUGUGAUCAGUAUUUUGUGUAAAGCUUGAACUGCUGUCAGUAACAAAAUUGUUGUAGAAUUUAGUGGUAUCCAGGUCAUCGAUUAUAGUGGAUUAUUGAUUAAAAAAACCUCCAGUAAAUGGAUAUUGAUCAUGGAAAAUGUUCACAUGAACAUCCCCCCAAAAUAAAAAAUAUAUAUAUUUAUAGUUGACAAAUCAGGUCUUUUAGUUAAAACUUAUCUUUUGAAGAAGGCUUUUAAUUUAUGAUCAUCCUAGGAACAUAUUUACUACAUUUUUUUUUUAUUUGGCUUUUAUUUGGUUUUAUUCAUAUUAUCUAUUUUUUUUCAUUUUAACAAUAAUUGUGAAACGCAUAGCUCAAUUAUAUUUUAAAAUUUUUAUACAGUGCACUGUUAUUAGUUCAUUUUAUUAAUUUUUUUAAAGUAAUUGUUGUUGUAAAGCGCCAUUGGACAGCAAUGGAAAUGGCGCUUUAGAAGUAAAUGUUAUAAUUUAUUAUUAUUAUUAUUAUUAUUAUUAUUAUUAUGAGAAUAUUAAAACGUGGGGAAUGUAUUUUAAAUGUUCAUACAGUGAUGCAGCUUUAAUGCAUUGAUGACCCUUUUUUGAAACCUUCCAUACAUGUAUGUUUUUUUUGUCAUGUUCUAAAACGUGCAACAGUGGCUCUGCUUAAUUCUCUCUGUGGGUUUGUUAGGGUAGUAUGUUUUGUUCACAUUCAAUUGUGCGCGUUGUGUUACAAUGGGUAAAAGACAGGUGGGUAAUCGGUAAUUAUGAUUUAAAACGAGCGUUAAGUCCAAUUGUAAGUACAGCCCAAAAAUCUGGGUGUGUGGAAAAACACUUUCUACAUGACUUGUUCCCUUCAAAAUUAAUAAUUUAUGCCUUCCUUGUCUUUAUUUCAGAGUCCAUGCAAACACUCUUUCUGUUUAACAUGCGCAGAAAAGGGAAAUGGAAAAUGCCCAAGGUAGAUUUAAAAUGGAUUUCAUCAUAUGUGUUACCUCAGUACAACUUGGUCUACCAAAAAAUAAUGUUUACACUGGGCUGUGUACAUUCAGUGCUAUGUCAUUAGAAAUGUGGUUGCCUUUGGUUGUACAUAAUUCUUACUAUACCUGUUUUAUCAAGACCAGGCACUUCAGAGUUCUUAAAAACUCGUUCGAUUGGGUUUGUUAGUUCCAGAACCAAUUACAUUCAAUGCUAUGCCACUAGAAGUGUGAUUGACUUUGGUUGUUCUUGUAAUUUUGACUUUAACUUGCUUAAUCACAAGGCACUUCGGAGUUCUAAACUCGCUCCAAAGGGUUUGCGAGUCCUAGAACCAAUCAAUAUUACAUUCAAUGCUAUGCCAUUAGAAGUGUGGUUGACUUUGGUUGCUCAUGUUAUUUUGACCUUAACUUGCUUAAUCACAAGGCACUUCCGAGUUCUUAAAAACUCGUUUCAAAGGGUUUGUGAGUUCUAGAAUCAAUAAUAACUGGAAUUUGGAAGUGCGAGGUCGUUAGCAGGACUUGAAUUUGGGCUACAUGGCAAAAAAAAAUUCUCAAAUUCAAAUGAUGAAAAAGAGACGAAAUUCAAAGUUUUGAUUAACGUACAGACGAGCCAUGCAGCUAAGUUGCUGAAAGUUGCUAUUCAUGUGUCCAGAGUUGUGUUAUUAAGAUCCAGCUUAUAAGUAGUCUCCCACCUCCUCGUUUUUGUCUCGUCACACAACGCUCCUCCCUCCUCCCCUUUCCCCUCCCUUUCAUAGGGAGUGGGGUUGCGUGACGUGACAAAAACGGCUGCUUGAGAGACUAGCUUCCAAGGUAAAACGAGAUAAAUAACCAAAACGGGAGUAUUUCCAAAAAUUGCCCUUCAUCAGGGUCUCUGAAUUCAUUUAAAUUUUACUUUAGGUGUGGGGAAAGUGUUCAGAGGAUUGAGCGAGCACCGCUGGGCAGUGUGUAUGUAUGUUCAGUCGGUGGAAGCCGCUAUGGAAUCUCGGGAUGUCGUCGGAGUUAUUUCUCCCAGCGAGAUUUACAGUCGCACAUUAAGAGACGUCAUCAGAGAGAGCAGGGGGGAGGGGAGAGUGAUGGAGGAGAGGAAGCUGAGAAUGAGAUACAGCGCGCUAUGUUUCCUCAGGCAGCCCCCUUUUUCCCAGCCCCUCUACACGAGACCAUUCCCGCGGUGCCCCCGUGCCCCAUGUUGCCAGGGGAAAGACCCUUUGGCAAUGUAGGAACUGUACCAGUCAUGGAUGGGCGCCAUUUCCCUGCUGUACCCACUAUACCUCGGGAAACGUUCUUUAUGGAAGGACCGCGUCAGCAACAUCCUGUGGUCAGUGGUUUUCCCGUACAAGGUCCUGCACCAGCCCCUAUGCAACAUGUCCCUCAAGGUGGCUUCCCUCGGCCCGAGCAAGGGCCUUCUCCACGAUUUGAAGAGAUGCGAGUGUCCAGGCCAAUGGCCCCAUCUCCUAUCGAGGAAGGCUUUGGACCAAGGCCAGUGGGGCCUGGUUUUCCAGGAAGGUUCCCGGGACCUCCCCGGUCUGAUGCGGACUGGAUUCCAGCAGAACGGGGACCGCCUCUAAGAGGAGAAAGAGACUGGAUUCCACCUCCAGGGCGUGGCGAUAGGGACUGGAUACCUCCUCGGAGUGUGGCAAACAUGGUUCCCCCUGGGGCUCCUCCCCCAGGAAGACCCCCACCCGGAGACCCUCAUUUUCGUCCAAUGUUUUGA